UUAUUAUUAUUACGUUACUCACUUCUCACUUUCUCUUAGAACUCCCGCAGACACGAGAGAUUAGUCUCUGCAGUUGCUCGGAUACCGGAGUUACACCAAAAAUUUGUCCCUGUUCUGUUCCCCACUCACUUAACCUUCAUCUCUCCUCCCACACACUCUCAACAAUCCAACUAAACUCACUCACACAUAAACAAUGCCUUUCCCCCUCUUUCUCUUUCUAUUUCUCUUCUUCAUUUUCACCACCGUUUCCACCGCUCUACCCUACGGUAUUUCUUACCAUAUUGACUGUGGUAGUCCAACAAACACCACCGACUCAUUCAACACAACAUGGCUCUCCGACCGUUUCUUCACCGGCGGAACAACCGGAAUCGUCUCCGAGCCACUCCGUUUCCACCACCAACACGAAAAAACUCUCCGUCUCUUCCCAAUCUCAUCCGGCAAGAAGAAUUGCUACUCCAUCCCUUCACUCUCCUCUUCACGCUACCUAAUUCGUACCUUCGUCGUCUACGAUAACUACGACGGAAAAUCUCAUCCUCCUUCAUUUGAUGUUUCCGUUAGUGGCACCGUUGUAUUCUCCUGGCGUUCUCCUUGGCCUCAAUCUCUUUCCCGUAACGGAGCUUAUUCUGACUUAUUCGCUUCGUUUCAAGAUGAAGCCCUAAUUUGUUUCUACAGCUUCGCCACUGAUCCUCCGGUGAUUUCUUCGCUUGAGCUUUUCGCCGUCGAUCCAGCUUCCUAUGAUUCUGCUUCCAUUGCUAACAAUGAUACUAUACUUGUUAACUAUGGGAGACUCUCUUGUGGUUCGAAUCAGUGGGGUCCGGGUUUCACCAACGAUGAUGACCGGUUCGGAAGGUCAUGGCAGUCGGAUUCCGAUUACCGAACCGGUCGGAACAAGGUAGUUCCGGUAUCCACGAGGAGUAGCAUUGCAGGAACUGAUCAGAAGCCGAAUUACUUUCCGACGAAGCUGUACCAGACUGCGGCAACUACGGCAGAGACUGCGGAGGAAGGUGGUGGUGUUUUGGAGUAUGAAUUGAGCGUGGAUGCUAAGCUGGAUUACCUUGUGUGGUUGCAUUUUGCGGAGAUUGAGGAUAAAGUGAGGAAAGCUGGAGAGAGGGUGUUUGAUGUGUUCAUCAAUGGAGAUAAUUUGACACGAGUUGAUAUUUACAAGCAAGUGGGAAAUUUAGCUGCGUUUACUUGGCAUCAUAUGGUGAAGAAUUUGAGUAGUAGCGUGUUGAGUGUGAAGCUUGUUGGGGUUGUUGGUGCACCAAUCAUUUGUGGAAUUGAGAAUUAUGCUUUGGUUCCUGAUGAUCCUUCUACUGUUCCUCAACAAGUGGUUGCCAUGAAAGCGCUGAAAGAUUCACUUCGGGUUCCUGAAAGAAUGGGUUGGAAUGGUGAUCCGUGUGCUCCUACUAAUUGGGAUGCUUGGGAGGGAGUUACCUGCCGUAUGAGUAAGGAUAAUUCUGCUCUUGUCAUUAGUCAAAUAGAUCUGGGCAGUCAAGGCUUGAAAGGGUUCAUAAGUGAGCAGAUUAGUCUUUUGUCAGACUUGGUAAGCCUGAACUUGAGUUCUAAUUCCUUGGUGGGUGAAGUACCGUCUGGCCUAGGUCAAAAAUCCUUAAUGCACUUGGACUUGUCCAACAACCAGUUAACUGGCUCGAUUCCAGAUAGUAUAGCUUCUUCAAGUUUGCAGCUUGUGCUAUUGAACGGUAACUUAUUAGAAGGACAAGUGCCAGAUGAACUCUAUUCGAUUGGUGUGCACGGUGGAGCUAUUGAUCUCUCUGCCAACAAAGGUUUGUGCGGUGUACCGUCUCUGCCAGCUUGUCCUAUGUUUUGGAAGAAUGGUAGAUUAUCCACCGAGGGAAAAAUUGCAAUCGGCAUGUCAAGUCUCUUUGUUUUCUGUUUGAUACUACUGGGGAUCUAUAUCUAUAUCAGGAGGAGAAGGAAUGAUUAUGACUUUGCGCUGCCUCAUGAAUUAACAGCAUUAGCAGCCAAGAGAAACCGAUAUCAGAGGCAAAAAUCCUUGAUGGUUCUUGAGAUGGAGAGUCAACACGCUAAGGGACUACCUUCACCUUCAGCCACACAAUAACCUUAUAUUCUUCAAUAGAAAUGAAGUAUUAAAUUGUCAUAGUUUUCUGCUAAACAUAUACUAACCCAGCUUAGAGAAAGGAUUUCAAUUGUUUCUGCGCCAAUGCCAGGCCACGAUGUGACAACAUUACAACUUUAGGAGGAACAUCGCUCUCGGGCCCUGUCAUUCUCGUACAACUUUGUCUUGUCAAGAAUUCUGGAUGCCACUUAUUGCCGCGCAUGUUCUGUCUGUGUCUUGACCCAUCAAACAAAAUCACUAGACGCAGCUUUUGUUGAAUGUGAUGCCAACAAUCCUUCAAUAUAUGAAAUUUAGAGCCACAAUUCAGUCGGUGUAUAUAUUUUUCUUUACACAUCGGCUCUUUUGUAUGACUAUUUUAACUGUACUGAUUUAUAUAGCUACUGAGAAGUGAUUGGACCUUAUUGUAUUGCUUUUACACCUCGUGACAUAAACUUUCCAUGCUUCAAGAUAAUGCUCCACAUGCAAAUAGUUCUAGGGUUUUUCUUGUUUUGAAAUUUUUAUAUUGUUGUUUAUAUUACGAAAUGUACUAUGCAUUGGAUUGACUUCUAUAGUGAUGUUUUGAGAGGUCCAAUGUUUAAUUUUCGCUAUUGCCUUGAAUUGGAGCAUCAUCUCUUCAUCUUAAA